CGGUGGACGCCGGGAAUGCGAGGCCACUCUCCAGCGUCGCGGUGGCGGCCGGAGCAGGAGGCGGAGAGCGCGGGCUCGGCACGACUGCGGCUGCCAGUGCGAGUGCGAACUCCGGGCGACGGGGCGCCGAGGCCGGCGGGUGAGGGAAAGAAAAAGCGAGGCGUUUGCCUGCCAAAUGCGCGAUUUGAUGACGUAACGGCUGCACACCGCCGCGGUCGCCUUCGUCAGGGGCGGAGGAAUAAACCGCAGCCCCGGCCAAGCCGCUCCCCUCCUCCACCACCCGCCCGUUCACACCGGGUCCGGAUCGGACCUCGCACCCGACCGCGACUUCAAACAGUCGCGUUCGUUCGCGCGAGCGCGCGCCGGUGUGUUUCUGAUCCCUGUUGAAGCCUCUGGAGUAGGCCUUCCGGUUGGUGACUGUCGACCCGCCCAUCGACCGGAAACCAGCCAGAUGACUGACCUCCGAUUGGUCAGCAUGCCUUUGAUUGACGUUUGCCGCUUCACGCUCUCCCUUUGCAUUGAUUGGGCUGGAGGUGGUGGUCCCCCAGAUGUUAUCUGAAAUGGAGGUGGAGGAGGUGUUGGUGGACCAUGUUCAUGAAGUACCAAGUCACUACAAGGUGGUAUUGGACAGACUCAAUGAACAGCGUCAGCAGGAACAAUUUACCGACAUCACUCUCAUUGUGGAUGGCCACCAUUUCAAGGCCCACAAAGCUGUCCUUGCUGCUUGUAGCCAGUUCUUCUGUCGAUUUUUCCAGGAUUUCAGGGAGGAGCCCUUGGUUGAGAUUGAAGGAGUGAGUAACCUUGCAUUCCGACAUCUGAUUGAGUUUACUUAUACUGCCAAGCUGAUGUUACUGCAGGAGGAAGAGGCAAGUGAUGUAUGGAAGGCAGCAGAAUACUUGCAGAUGGAAGAGGCUAUGAAAGCACUCAACAACCGAGACAAUGCAGACUCACCGGCAAAAGCAAAGACACCUGGCAAGAGGAAAGCCAAGAAGCGGACAAUAGCAGAAACAUCGAACGUCAUUACGGAAACCCUGCCAUCCAUCCAAGAAACAGACACUGUAGAAAUUGACCAGGAGAAUGUCUUUGCUGCGGAGAUUGUGGAGAUCAACGCGGAAGAGAUGGGAGAGGAGGCUGGGACUACUGUAAUGGAAGCAGUGGAGAACCUGCCAACGGCAGAUGACUCGCUGCAGCCAUCUGGUGAUGCAGCGGGCUCAGAACAACCGGCUGAAUCGGCACUUGCUUUGCUUGCCGAUAUCACCAGCAAAUACCAACAGGAUGAGCUUGACAAGGAGCUGGAAAAGGAAGGGGAACGGGAGUCUGCAGGCCAGUCCCAGGAGGAGUCAGAAACGUCCAUUGUAACAGAGGAUGGGAUCCACAUUGUGGAAGUGCUGGCGCAGGGUGACAAACUGUUCUGUUGUGAGAAAUGCAGUCGCUCCUUCAGACUCUUUUACCACUUCAAGGAGCACCUAAAGGUGCACUCGGGAGAGAACUAUGUAUGUCACCUUUGCAGCAAACAAUACACACGGGAGAGUGCCUGGAAGCAGCACCUGUCCUCCCACCGAGAAGAGGAAGGUGGGAACAAGAAGCCACGGUGUGUCCGCAAAGUGCAUGUGUGUCAGUACUGUGAGAAACAGUUUGACCACUUUGGACAUUUUAAAGAACACCUUCGAAAGCAUACGGGUGAGAAGCCCUUUGAGUGUCCAAACUGUCACGAGCGAUUUGCCAGGAAUAGCACACUGAAAUGUCACCUAGUGGCCUGCCGAACGGGUACAGGUGCAAAGAAAGGAAGGAAGAAGAUGUACGAGUGUCAGGUUUGCUCCAGCGUCUUCCCCAGCUGGGACCAGUUUAAGAAUCAUCUGGCAGUGCACACAGGCGAGAAACCCAAUCACUGCACCAUUUGUGAUAUGUGGUUCAUGCGGGCCGGCGAACUGCGGCAACAUGUCAAGGACGUCCAUGGAGCUGCUGAGCAGGAAGUGGGUGAGGUGACGGAGAUUGUCGUGCCCGUGGAGGUCAUUGACACUGAGGCAAUGGAGGGGGAGACUAUCAUUGAGCAGGUGACGGUGUAGGAGAUGGCCAUGAGAGUGGGGGAGGAUGGGUUUGACACCCAGAUCGAAUUCUUCCACUCUCAACCAACCAGGCUGAGUGUGAGUGAGUGUGAGGAGUAGUUGCCAACCUAAAGUGGGGUUAUCAACAGGGCAGAUCAAAGGCACUGAUAUCUGCUAUUAUGACAACUAGCAGUACCUGUGCCAGCGUAGGAGAUGUUCAGAAGCUGCAUUUCCACCAUUGUCGGACUACAAGUGACGGCCAAAUUCCUUUUGCCGCCUGACUGGAAAGAACUGCAGUGCAAGACUACACAAAUUAAAUCUUCUUGCCUGAACUCAUUUGGACUUCCAUUGCUGCUGAGGUAUUUAAGUUGCCAUCAUUUAGUCCAGGGAUGUGAAGUUUCUUGGUUAUCAGGAACCAUGGUAAUUGAUGAACUUGCAUCCACUGGCUGAAAAUCCCAGCCCACCACUUUUUGACUCAUAGCAAAGCAAUAUGGACGCACCACAGAUGUACAUGUGGCACUGUUGGUGGAAGCACCCUGUUGCAGUCACAGACACAUAUAUACUGGGAGUCUUUGUCAAUGUUAACUUCGAUAGCCUGUGCUUUGUACAUAGCUGGGGUUGCAGCUGUCUGGUUUGCCGGAAGUGCUGGAACAUCUUUGAAUGGAUUAUUGGUGCAAAGGGGAGAAGACCCUACUCGUGCCGGGAUCAUUCCGUCAUCCAGCUCACUUCUGUAAACAUUCACAAUGAACGCACAACAAUUAAAUCCAUUUACAGGCCUGUCAAUAAAAAACAGUGGCUGGUUCAGUAGACA